AUGGAUCUGUCUAGCAGCGCACCCACGGCAUCGACAAUGUCGUCGCCCGAGCCUAUUAUCGCGACGCCCCCGACAUCGAGCCCCAUAACCGCGAUGCCCUCACCCUUAAAGCGCAGGAAGAGACGUCGCGUCUAUCGCCCAGAUGAGGGUUCGCUGUACGACCUUAUGUGGGAGCACGCCGGUGUCUCUCUCUUCGUCCGCCCCAUCUGCUGGACCGAACUGCAUGUUAACCUCCUCGACGCGAGAUUCAUCGAGCUUCCUCCUUGCGAUACCCCAGUUCCCCCUCAGUCGCCCCGUGGUACCCCUGUCUCUCCUUCGCGAUGCCAUCUAAAGCCCUCUGCUGCCGCCACUACUCUCAGUCGCGAGCUUACCGCUAUGCUGGCACCCGGUUCAAAUAGAACUUUCUAUACUCAGUCGAUACGCACCAUCAUGUCGACCCUCUACCCAGGCAAAAUGUCGCGUGUGCGGACCCAGCUUGACCUUCACCACUACUUUGGCGGCUUGGUUUAUCGCGAUACCUGUCGCGUCCAACUGCGAUCCAAGAUGUUCGUUCCUCCCAAUGCGAAUCACGACCCUCUACUGGUGGGCAUUAUUCUGGCCCUUGCACAAAGGCGCUUUUACGGCGAACCCAUGCCCACGGCGAACAAAUGGUUCCCUUCACGACCCAUGUCCCUUGGGCUUGGUGAGCCUGAGUUCCACGAUGUGACGGUGCAUAUCCUGUCUAACGACAACGAGGCGUCCGAGUUCAUUGUCUACAAGGCUGUGGUGACAGAAGAGCUUCUGCGCAAGUUUCACGAGCCGACCAAGAAUCCCCGCGCAGCAUCAGGCAAGACGCUCGCCGAAAAGAUGGGAGAGACGGCCAACGAGGGGGGCAUCCGUAUUGAGUACACAAGAGUACCGGUUUGGCCGAUUUUGGGACUCAAGGAGCGGCUGGGCAAGGCGCUAGGCAAAGAUAUCGUGGGUCACUUUGACGAAGACAACAUUGAGACGUGGGAGGAGGAAGCGGAACCGAACAACGACAAGCUCAAGCGACGACGAGAUCGCGAGGCCCUUGCCGAAGUGUUUAACGGCAGCUUCGAGGAAGAGGCACCCGACGAUUGGAUCGAAUCAACGUCCAGAAGGACCGUUGCGACGCGGGGUCUAAAUCUCAAGUUCUCUUUACAGGUCAUCAUUAUGAAGUCGUCGUGUGCAAUGCUGAUACUAACACCGCUGCUCGCUGCAGCCGAGUUUGAGCAGCAUGCUCAUCAUCGUCGCGCUACUCAAGCUUCAGUCAAUGUUGGAGCCGGGACUAUCCUCGGCAGAUCAUUCGGCGACGUCGAAACAUUCGCAGGCAUCCCCUAUGCGGAGCCGCCCGUCGGUACACUACGCCUGAAGCCUCCUCGGAGACUCAACUCAUCCUUCGGAGUCUUUGACGGAACGGGAAUCGCCUCAUCCUGUCCGCAAUUCUUCCUCUCGUCCGACAGUCGCAACAUCAUUCUGGAUACCCUCGGGUCCCUCUUCUCUCUUCCGAUAUUCCAGCCCGUCACCGGCCAAGAAGACUGCCUGACAGUAACGGUACAGAGACCUGCAGGUACAACACCAGGCUCAAAAUUACCCGUUCUGUUUUGGAUUUUCGGAGGCGGUUUUGAGUUUGGCUCAACAGUUUCUUAUAACGGUGCCAGUUUCGUUCGAGACGGCAAUGAUUCGAAGCAGCCUUUCGUCUUUGUCGGGGUCAACUACCGGUUAGGAGGCUUUGGGUUCCUUCCAAGGCGCGAGAUCUUACGGGAUGGCUCCUCUAACCUCGGUCUCCUGGACCAGCGGAUGGCUCUGGAAUGGGUCGCUGACAACAUUGCCGCCUUCGGAGGCGACCCUGACAAGGUUACCAUAUGGGGCCAGUCGGCUGGGGCUAUUUCAGUGUUUGAUCAGAUGGCCCUAUACGACGGCGAUAACAAGUACAAAGGCCGGCCGUUGUUCAGGGGUGCCAUUAUGAAUUCCGGGAGCGUCGUGCCAGCGGAUCCCGUUGACUGCCCAAAAGGCCAAUCCGUUUAUGAUACCGUCGUCCGGGCUGCUGGCUGUACUGGCUCGGCCAAUACCCUGGAUUGUCUUCGUGCUGUACCAUAUGAAACGUUUUUGAAAGCGGCUGCUUCCGUACCGAGCAUCCUAUCUUAUGAAUCUCUCGCUCUCGCGUACGUCCCAAGACCAGACGGAAUCGUGCUGAGGGACAGCCCCGACAUACUGGCAAGAGACGGCCGGUACGCCGCAGUUCCCAUGAUUGUCGGAAACCAGGAAGACGAGGGGACGCUGUUCGCGCUCUUUCAGCCCGGAGUCGUGACAACCUCCCAGCUGGUCGACUAUUUAUCCGAAUUAUACUUUCACGGUGCGUCCAGAGACCAAUUAACCACACUUGUAAACACGUACGACCAUUGGAUCUCCGCAGGAAGUCCGUUUCGAACCGGCAUCCUCAACGAAGUAUAUCCUGGCUUCAAGCGAAGGGCGGCGAUCCUAGGAGAUCUCGUCUUCACCCUUUCCCGCCGGUCGUAUCUGUCCGUCGCGAAAGCGAGAUACCCAUCCGUGCCGGUUUGGUCCUAUCUCAACAGCUACAAGUACGGCACUCCUCUCGUGGGCACAUUUCACACUUCGGACAUCCUGCAGGUGUUUCUAGGGGUACUGCCUACAUUUGCACGUCAGAGCACUCGAACCUACUAUCUAAACUUUCUCUACAACCAAAACCCGAACGUCGGCGUCGGAGGAUAUGCCAGUUGGCCGGAGUGGGGUGUGAACCAGCAGCUCCUCUGGUUCCUCGACGACCGGACCGAGUACCUCAAAGACGACUUCCGCAGCGACAGUUUCAGCUUCAUCUACAGCAACAUCGCAUCGUUGCAGUUCCGGGAUAACUCCACGGCGUUGCCUCGGUGGUCUCUGUGA